UAGGUUCAACCCAACUGCAGUUGAGUGUACCCAAGUAAAGUUGGGGCUACGGACACAGUUGGGAGCAACAUUUCCACAAGACUGGUGUACAUGUACAUGUAAGUAGACUGUGGAUCCGCGCGAGCUCUGCCACCAUGAACUGUCAUCAAAUACCCUAACAACUGAUGUGUCCCUGGAGUGAUGAUAAUACAGGUUGACAUAAGUCAUGGAAUGGUCGUCUUGAGAAUGACUGGAGCCAAUUGAUACUUAGCAACAAAGCAGUCAUGGACCGUUAGCUCUGAAAAUCAAAUGAUUUGUUGCCAAUAGAAAAAUCUGACUAAUGGCUGGUAGGCCCAAUGGACCACCCAUGGGUCCACCCAGGGUGCCAUCAGAGGAGGAAUUGUCGAGGCUCUCCAGAGAAGAACUCAUCCGCAGGUUGCGUUGGACAGAGGGGGACCGUCUGCGCAGGAUAGCAGAGCACAGCAACAUCAUGAAAGACGUGAACCGGAAGAUGCAGGCGUUGAGGAAUGAUGCUCGUGGCGGGCCCGUGGCCAGUGACAGCACCACUAAGCUUCAGAGUGACAACCAGGAGCUGCGCGACCUCUGCUGCUUCCUGGAUGACGACCGACAGAAGGGGCGCAACCUUGCCCAGGAGUGGCAGCGGUUUGGCAGGUACUCCGCCAACGUGUUAAGGACUGAAGUGGUCGGGUACCAGGAAAAACUCAAGGAACUGGAAAUGCGCCAGGAGCGGUUGUUGCAGGAAAACCUGGAACUAAAGGAGCUGUGUUUUUUGCUUGAUCAAGAGCGCCAGGCAGAGAGGAGGAAUUCACUCUGUAGCCAGUGUAACACCUCCCUGAAUUUGGCUCCCAGAGCCCAAGGGGACGGCAGCUAUGAUAACGGCAUGUCUAGUCUUCCAGAGAUGAGGCAGGAGAUACCCUACUCCUCACGUGGACACCAAGGUGACCAGAGUGCAUAUAUUCGUCAGUUAGAAGACAAGGUGCAUGUACUUGAGAAAGAGAAGCGACAAAUGAUGCAGGCCACGCAUGGAGUGCAGCAGUAUCCACCCGUGCUGGAAAAUGGAGAGCCACAACCAGGCAAACCCAAGGUCCCUCAUAAACCAGACUCAAUGGCUCAUGCAUUGAAGGUACUGGAAGUGCAUGAUAAACUGGAUCACGGUACCCCAAGUGGCAGUGAUACAGAGCACAUGAAUGACAACCACAAAGCUAUUGUCAGAGAAAUGUGCAAUGUGGUGUGGCGUAAACUAGGAGACGAUCCAACUCGGCAAGGCAAUCAGCCAGCCCCUGCAGUAUCUGCACCCCCAAGGUACCCAGGGGGGUCAUUUGGACCCCCUGGAACACCUCCCAAAUACUCGGGCAGCACUGGGAGCUUGGAUCGAAAGGGACUCUAAACAUUGUCUGUUGGUAAAGUUAUCACUGACAUUAAUCUGUUGUCACUCGCAUAAAUGUAGGAAUAGAUUGCAGAGGUUUAGGUUUUGAUUUGUUUUGUACAUGUAUGUAUGGUCAUUUUGGUUUUGGAGGCAAAAUUGUGUUAAAUUAAUCAUAAUUGAAAAUUAUCAUUGAAGAAAUAUUUACUCUAUUCAUGUACUAACCUUGAACUGAGAACAUUUUACUGGUGUAGAUUUGUGCCUUUUAAAUUCAGAACAUCCAGAAAAUUCUAGCACUUUGUUUCAACUUUUAGCUGCUGGUAUUUGUACAUAGUUGUUUGUGAAAUCAUGACUGAUACUUUAUUGGAAGAAUGUUCCUAGACAUCUCAGUUUUUAAAGGGGAUUUUUAAGACUUAUGUCAAUACUGUGUCACCUGUGCAGGGUUUAUAGAAAUCAAAAUAGAAAUGUUGCUAGUGGAAUAGGAACUUUACCCUGAA